CCAUAUCAACCGCCGGAAAUCCUCGUGUAGUCAUAUUGCGUCCCUUUUGGGUCUGCGAUGUAUUUUCCUCCCAAUCCAUCUGCAUGAGAGUGUCCGCAAGCAUUUGAAUACCAUCGCUUGUGCAGAGCCUAUCGCCAUCUGAGAGGAUGUCAACCGAGCCGGAUCCAAAAGGGUGUGUUGCUAGUAACCACAACAGACCCACGCAACUUGACGCUCCUGAAAGCUUGGAUGGCGGCAAUUGCCUCAGGGUCAACGGCACAAAUUCCGUGGCAGAUGACGAAACACGCAGUUCUGAUCUUCCCAGAGACGCGGACCGGCCGAGCACGCCGACUCAUCAGUCGGUAUCCGAAGCGAGCUCGACUCCGUCCCAGUCGCCGCCCGAAAGAGAUUUUAGGGACAAAAUAACCCAAGGGUGGCUCGACCACCAAGCAUCGGCAAUCGAGUGCGGAGUCACCGACCGGAGAGCCGACUGCACCGGAGGAGACAGCAACCGAUGGUGGACAAGAGUGACGGAUAUUGGGUCAACUUCGGGUGAUGAUCUGACACCAAGAUCUUGGCUUGAAGGAUGAGAACUGUCACAGCACAGUGGUACUGGCAAACUGGUCUUGGGUUGUCAGGAGCAGGUUGAUGGAAUCUGUGAGCAGGUUUUGCCUCUGGUGGUGUGGAGAGUGGGCGAUCCGAUU